ACACACGAUCUUUGUUUGUCAAACACCUUGGCGCCCUCUGGCGUUCACAGCGUCUCCGCACAUCCUGCUUCUCUGACUCAGAGGAUGUUAGCAGGGCUGCGCUAAAUGGAUGCUUACACUGCCCGAUAACACGACAAAACAGAAGAAAGUCCUACAUCCGGGGAUGGACGGGUUUGCAGGGGACCUGCUGAGCGACGGGCGGGCUCUGCUCGGCGAGGACAGCUCGGUGAUGGCCCGAAUGCAGAAGAAGUUCUGGAAGACCAAGCAGGUGCUCAUCAAAGUCACGGGCAAGAAGGAGGACGAGCACGUGGUGGCGUCCGACGCCGACCUAGACGCCAAGCUUGAGUUCUUCCGCUCUGUUCAGUUCACGUGCACGGAGCUGUUGAAGGUGAUCGAGAAGUACCAGCACCGAAUUACCCGCUUGUCUCAGGAGGAGAACGAGCUGGGCCUCUUCCUGCGCUUUCAGUCCGAACACGAUCGCACGAAGGCCGGGAAGAUGAUGGACGCCACCAGCAAGGCGCUCUGCACUUCCGCGAAGCAGAGAAUGGCCCUUUGCCCCCCGCUGCAGCGCAUGCACCAGGAAGUGGAGACGUUCCGGCGGCGCGCCAUCGCUGACACGCUGCUGACCGUCACCCGCAUGGAGAAGUCUCGCACCGAGUACAGAGGAGCCCUGCUCUGGAUGAAGGACGUCUCUCAGGAACUGGACCCCGACACCUACAAGGAGCUGGAGAAGUUCCGCAAGGUCCAAGCCCAGGUCCGAGAGACCAAGAGCCAGUUUGAUAAGCUGAAGAACGACGUGUGUCAGAAGGUGGACAUGCUGGGGGCCAGUCGCUGCAACAUGCUGUCCCACUCGCUUUGUACCUACCAGACCACUCUGCUGCAGUACUGGGAGAAAACGGCCCACAGCCUGUCAGGAAUCCACGAGGCCUUCCUCGGACACGUUCCGUACCAGUUCACCACCAUCAAGGAACUCCGGGACCCUCUGGAGCAAAUAUCUGAUUUAAAAAAUGAAGAGAAGACAAAGAAAGAAGCUACAGAGAGCAGCACAGACACUUUGAUGUGCCUAGACGAGGACAACCCAGCGGCAAGCUCCACAGAUGCCAGCCUCAGUGGUGUGGGGCGGAGUCAGAGCAGUGACGCAGCGCACCAAUACAUUUCAGCAUCCGCAGACUCCGGCGACGACCUGAUGCUUAUGGCUUUAGACAUGCAUCCCCCUACAAACCCCCCAACGCUGCCCCAGCUCCCGCCUCCCUGUCAGACUGGAGGCCAGUUUGAGCACAGUAGCUUUGUGGGGCUUCAGACUGGCCUUCCACAGCUGCCUGUCACUGGUGGCGGCCUACCCUCAGAUGUCCCCUCCCUCUUCUCAGAAAUGGCGCCGAGGCCUGAGGACGAGGACUCCGAGCGCAGCGACAUGGCCUUCCUCAAAGACCUGCUCAGUCCAGGUCUGGGCUCCAGCGACGAGUUUAACCGAGAGUGGCAGGAUGCGUUUGGCAUUUUUGAAUCCCCCGCCACUCCCGCCACGAGCUCAGCAGCAGCAGCAGCAGAGGUUGGGCCGCCCUCCAACCCUCCCAGCCCCACUGGCUUCCUGCCGUCCCAGCUGCUGGAUCACAGUCUGAGCUCCACAGGUUGGGUGACCCCACCCAUGUUCCAGGCUCCCCCUCUGCAGCCGCCUGCGGGCCAGAACCUGCCGGCCCCUCGGCCUCUCACCUCUGCAGCUUCUUCUUCAGGAGGAUCCAAAGACAUGUCGGCGUGGUUCAACCUGUUCGCAGACCUCGACCCCCUCUCCAACCCGGACGCCAUCGGCCGCUCGGCGGAUGAGCUGCUCAACGCCUGAACGUCCAUUUUUUUUUGUCUCCUUGAGGAUUUUGUGUUUCUGCAGAUUUCCAUCGACCAAGUAAACAAGUAUAAGCAACACUUGGACGUUACACACACUUUGGUUACCGACACAACCUUGUUGUUACACUGGAUGACUAACUCUCAGCUGCUCACUCGUGGGACAGCCUGUCGCGUGGUUUCACCGCACCUCACCGGAUGUGAAGGGUUUGGGCUUUGUUUGGGUGUGUUUGUGCGUCUCAACACAAACGGGGGUUUUAAAAUGUCGUCCGUUGAAGCAUAAACGUGCACAAGUGUCUGUUUCACAAAGUUUAAUCCCAUUUCGACAGACUUUCUCCGACUGCAGAAUGGUGCCAUUUUGAGAGAAAUCGGUUAUUUUAAUUUUAAUUUAAGAGUAAUAAAACCAAACAAAAGAGCAGAACUUUUCCGCUUUGUGCUUAUGUCUUUGUUAACCCAUUUUAGAAAAACACUUCAGAUUCUGAAAAGUUUACUUACGUUUUCUGCUUUCUUUUUACUCACUUUAAUUCAUAUUUUUUUCUUUAUUAUCCUCAAAGGAUAUAAAGCUGUUUUCUUUUUAAUUAAAAUUAAAUCUUUAAUUAAAUCUUUACCGUUUUUAAAAGGGCAAAAGCAGACAAAUAUUUUUGACAAAAUAAAAAAAAAUCUAACGGCAGCUUCAUGUCUGAAAAUAUAACUUUUUUGUCUUUAGCUCUAUUUUUAUAACUCAUCAGUUCUACCCGGCAACAGCCUGACCAAUCAGAUAAGAGGGUUCUUUAAACAGGAAUCUGACUUGUAUCCAAACCUAAUUAUAAAACUAAAUUAAAUAUUUUUUUAAUUCAAAAUGUUGACUUAACUUUUAUUUUACUUUUAGUUUAAUUAACUUUGAUAAUCUUUUUUCUGCCUUAAAAGUUAAUUUGUUUCUAGUUUUAUUCAGACUUUUUAUGUUACAUUUUAAGUUGAUACUUUUUAUUGAAAUGUUGUUUUUAAGUAUUUUGUUAGGAAAAAACGGUUUGGCUAACCGACAAAUGCUCUUUGUGGUUAAACCAAAAUGUUCUGGAAAUAAACAUAUAUUUAAAAAAAAGAAAAACAGAUGCAAAUCAAAAGAAAAAAAAUAAAAUUAAUGUUGUUUAGUGAUCUUUAUUCUAAUUAAAACUAAAACACAAUUUUGUGGUUAUCUCUCGGGAAAUCCCUUAAUCAAAACAAAGUCAUGAAUCAAUCUAACUUUCGAUUUGAUUAAGUCAUUUUAAAAAUCGUAUUUUUAUUGGUUGUAUGAAACAAUCAGAUAACUAUUAAUGAGAAUUUAAUGUUUAUUUUUUUUCCACUCUGAUUUUACCUCUACAUAAAGAUUGUGCUGCAGCUUCACGUUUUGUCGCUUUCUACAGCAGAAGUUUAAUUUGUGAACUAAACAGGAUGGAACAUGAAAUCUUUAUCUCCUCAAUCCUGGUGAAUGUACAACACUCUGGCACUCUUUCUGAAGGGACUUCAGUUGUUACAGUUAAGACGCUAACAUGCUGCUGACUCUAUGUGCUGCAGCAGUAGCCUUUGUUCAGAUUAUUACCGUUCGGGCUGCAAUACCUGCUGUAAACGAGGUGGUAAUGCAGGUUCUUUUGUGUUAGCCCUAGACUGCUAAUGCUCACGUAGCUAAUGUAGAACAUGCAGAAAAGUAAAGGAUGUCUUUUUCGCUGAGAUUUUGUACUUUACUGUGCUCAAAAAUUACCAUAGCAUUAGCUUGCUGAAUUUGAGAGAGCUAAUUCACCUCUACCUAACGCAUUAGCAUGCCGCAUUUGACUUAGCUACUUGACCUUUAGCUAAUGUGAUAGUUGAGUUAGCUACUUCACCUCUUGUUAAUAGAUUAGCAUGCUAAAUUUGAGCAAGCUAGUUCAUCUUUUGCUUACACAUUCGAAUGGCAUAUUUAAGUUAGCUAGUUCCCCUUCAGCUAACACAUUAGCAUGCUAUGUUUGAAAUAGCUACAUCAUCACUUGCUAACACAUAGCAAGCUAAAUUUGAGAAGCUACUCCACCUCUAGUUUACGCAGUCACGUGCUACAUUUAAGUUGGCUAGUUCAUCGAUUGCUAACACAUUAGCAUGCUAAGUUUGAGCUAACUAAUUUAUUUAUUGCUAACACAUUAGCAAGCUACAUUUAUGUUAGCUGCUUCAUCUAUUGCUAACACAUUAGCAAGCCAUAUUUAAGUUAGCUAGUUCCCCUUCAUCUGACACAUCAGCAUGCUAAAUUUGAGCUUGCUACUUCACCUCUAGUUAACACAGUCACUUGCUAUAUUUAAGUUGGCUAGUUCCUCCCUUUGCUGACACAUUAGUAUGCUAGGUUUGAGCUAGCUAAUUUAUCUAUUGCUAACAAAUUAGCAAGCUACAUUUAUGUUAGCUGCUUCAUCUCAUGCUAACAUAUUAGCAUACCAUAUUUAAGCUAGCUAGUUCCCCUUCAGCUAACACAUUAGCAUGCUAUAUUUGAGAUAGCUAUAUCAUCACUUGCUAACACAUAGCAAGUUAAAUUUGAGCUAGCUACUUCACCUCUUGUUAACAGUCACUUGCUACAUUUAAGUUGGCUAGUUCAGCUAUUGCUAACACAUUAGCAUGCUACAUUCAUAUUAGCUACUCCAUCUCUUGCUAACUCAGUGACAUGAUACAUUUGAGUUGGCUACUUUAUCUCUUGCUAACUCAUAAUGCUACAUUCGAGUUUGCUAUUUCACCUCUAGCUAACAGACUAGAAUGCUACAUUUGAGUUAGCUUCUUCAUCUCUUGCUAACACAUUAGCAUGUUACCUUUGAGUUGGCUACCUAAUCACUUGUUAACUCAUUAGCAUUUUACACUAAUGUUAGCUACUUUAUCUUUUGCUAACUUAUUGCUAUCUUACAUUCAACUUGGCCACUUCACUUGUUGCUAACACAUUAGCAUGCUAAAUAUGAGUUAGCUAGUUCACCUCUAGCUAAUACAUUAGCAUGCUACAUUUUAGUUAGCUACUUCCCAUUUUGUUAACACAUUCCAAUGCUACAUUCAAGUUAGCUGCUUCACCCCAGCUAACACAAAAGAAGCAAUAUUGCCAUCUUUCUUUAGAGACAUCAUAAAACAUGACUUUAAAUGUAUGUUUUUGACUUUUAUCGCCAAGUUAAAGAAAAUAUUUUAAAUAUUUAUUUAUUUGUCUUCUAAAUGAGAAACACUGGAAUUUAUUUAUGGAUUUAGUCGAGUUAAGUCUGCAAAUUGCCCUGUUGAUGCUUCAAGUUUUUCACUUUGUUUUUUUUUCUUUUGAAAGAUGCAGUUUACUGUAAAGAUGACAAAACAUUUACUGUUUUAUUUGUGUGUGGUGUGUAAUCUAUGAGGUCACGUAUAGAACGUCUAAAAUAAGACUGAAAAUGUGGCGCGACUUGAAGGAUUUUGAGUUUAAAUGCACUAUGUGAAACCAAACGGUCCAUUUUCUUUGUGUUCUUGCGACGUAUUCAUCGGGGUUGAGGUGACACUUUUUUUAAUAUCAGCUGCUCUCAUUCAUUCGUGACCCAUGGUUCUUAUUGUGAAACGCGAGAGGGCGAAACGUGUUUCUGCAAUUCAUUUACACACUUCAAAAUAAAAGAAUGUACUUCUCAA